AUGCUCUCUAAAGCAGAACAGUUUUAUAGUUUUUCCUAUACAAGUCAUUUCAACAUCUGGCAAAAUCAGCAAGGAAUGGAACUCCAAUCCAAUAGAUCACUUGCAUUAUUCUCCGUAGUAGUUCUAGUACUAGCAGCUUCUUGUGAUGCAGGUGGAAUUGCAAUUUACUGGGGUCAGAAUGGAGGUGAAGGAACAUUGGCAGAAACCUGUGCCACAAAAAACUAUGAUUUCGUGAUCAUAGCUUUUCUGCCAACCUUUGGAAAUGGUCAACAACCAAUGAUAAAUCUAGCUGGCCAUUGUGAUCCAAGUGUUGGUGAGUGCACCAAAUUAAGCACAGAUAUAAAAUCCUGCCAAGCUGAAGGAAUUAAAGUGAUUCUGUCAAUUGGAGGUGGUGCUGGGAGCUACUAUCUUGCUUCUGCUGAUGAUGCUAGGCAAGUUGCCACUUAUCUUUGGAACAACUUCUUGGGGGGACGGUCAGCAAAUCGUCCACUUGGUGAUGCUGUUUUAGAUGGAAUAGACUUUGAUAUUGAAGGAGGAACCAAUCUGUACUGGGAUGUUCUUGCCAAGUCUCUUUCUGCAUAUAGCAGUAUGGGCAAAAAAGUAUACUUAACAGCAGCUCCUCAGUGCCCAUUCCCUGAUGCUUGGAUUGGAAACGCCUUGAAAACAGGCCUUUUCGAUUAUGUUUGGGUUCAGUUCUAUAAUAACCCUCCUUGUCAAUACAGUUCUAGUGAUAUUAGCAAUCUUGAAGCUGCAUGGAAACAGUGGACUACGGAUAUCCCUGCCACAAAGAUUUUCCUGGGCUUGCCGGCCGCUCCAGCAGCUGCCGGGAGUGGAUUCAUCCCUGCUGGUGACCUCACUUCUCAAGUUCUUCCAUCAAUAAAAACCUCUUCCAAGUAUGGCGGUGUAAUGUUGUGGUCAAAAUACUACGAUGAUCAGACCCAUUAUAGUUCUUCAAUCAAGAAUGAUGUCUGAAGUUAUGUACUAUACCUCAGCCCUUAUUUGUGAUCAUAUCUGGUGUAUUAAUUUACAGUAAUAUGAUAACAACUUGCCUCCUGUGUAAUUAUGCAUGCAUUUUAUGUAUCUAAAGGAAAAUACAUUGCCAGUUCAA